AUGACUCGAACCGCCGACGAAGUCUCCGACCACCUGCUGCAGCUGGGGGAGCUAAUCCAGACCAAUAUCACCCAGUUGGUUGAGUCUCGUCGCGCUGUGACAGCUACAGGCAACGGGACUGAGCCUUCUGAUCUCCCCCCGUGGAGCGUUUUCAACGCCCAGCGCGCCCUGCAAGCCGCUACCGGCAGCCUUACCGAGCUGAUUAGCCAGCCGGAGAACCGCCUGCUCGAAGUUUCUUCUCAGUACUUUGAAGCUCGGGCCCUGCACAUAGCCGCAGAUGCACGCAUCCCGGAUCUACUCGCCAAGACUGCCCCUAGAGGUGUUCCCAUUGAUCUCCUCUCCGCCAAAGCCGGCAUCGAGUCUCGGAAGCUCUCGCGAUUACUGCGCUGCCUGUGCUCCAUUCAUAUCUUUACCGAAGUGGAACCUGACGUCUUCGCCAAUAAUGCCGUUUCUGCAGGGCUCGUCGACAACGAGCCCCUGCGCGCCUAUAUCCUCCUGUUUGGCCUUGAUCUGUACACGGCUUCCGACCAUCUUCCACGAGCUCUUCAUGACUCUGUCAAAGGUUCAUCCUAUGCCGUUGACCAGACGGCAUGGCAGGAUGCCUUGGGUGUUUCCAAGUCCCGAUGGGAUUGGCUUGAGGAAAACACUAGCGCGUCUGACUUGCACAAGGGUUACAAUGCUGCCGUUCAGGGAACGACUGACACGGAUACCGCCGCACGCACCUCCCCUAGUGCUCCCGGUGCCGGGGACCAGGGGGGUGACGCCGCUGCAGCCAGCCCCAAGACGCCGUACCCGGGUGUGUUUGGUACCGAACUGAGUAGGGUAGUGGGCAGUGGGGUCGGCGAUGGCCAGCCUAUUUCGAGGCCAGAACACGCCAUCUUCAGCUUGGCCAUGGUCGGCGGCGGCAGAGUAUUCGGUCGAGCUCACCUACACGACUUUCCCUGGGCGUCUCUCGGAGCGGCUACUGUAGUUGACGUUGGUGGAGGCGUAGGUGGCUUCUGUCUGCAACUCUCUCAUCUCUACCCUGACCUGAAGUUCGUCCUUCAGGACCGUGGCCCGGCCAUCGAUAAGGCCCAGAAUGAUGUCUGGCCGCGCGAGAACCCCGCGGCCCUUGCCGCAGGUCGAAUUCGGUUUGUUGUACAUGACUUUUUUGAGAAAAACCCCGUACCCGAAGCGGAUGUAUACUGGCUCCGGUAUGUGCUACAUGACUGGUCAGACGACUACUGUGUACGCAUCCUCAGCGGUAUCAGACAGAGCAUGGGUCCUAGAAGCCGCAUCUUGAUCUGCGAUCAAGUCAUGAACACAACUCAUGGGUGCUCUGACCUACCUCCAGCGCCCCAACCCCUGCUGCCAAACUGGGGCUACUACACAAGAUACUCGCAUCAGCGGGACCUGGCUAUGAUGGCGAUCAUUAACGGCAUCGAGCGGAAGCCUGACGAGUUCCGGGAGCUAGUGGAACGUGCCGGACUCCGGCUGCGCAAGAUCUGGGACUGCCGUAGCCAGGUUGGUCUGGUUGAAGUUGUCCUGCCCAACUCUGAGCUGUAG